AUAUGUGUUAAAAUUGCUGGUAUGUGGUACGGUCCCCAUGAAUUAGUUAAUAUUUAAUGUUCCGACUAAUACCUUCCAGAGUCGGUGGGUUUUUUAAGUAUAAAGGCGUCCAGACCCGGGCGUUCUCGGGUGUAUACACCGGGAAGGACGUCACCACUAAGGACCUUGAAAAGAAGGACCCUAACUGGGCCAUUGAAGAAACUAACUUUUGUUUGGGAAAAGUUACUGAUAUGAUUUUCAAAGAUACUGAUGACCUUGCAAGGAGAACACUUCAGAUAAUGGAUAGUCAGCUCAGCAAAAUGCACACCAGACUUAGAGAUGGUACCUGUGUCCCUUACAUGACUAUGCAUCUACACCAGGUUGUCGAUAGACCAAUUCCAAACCACGUCUUCAUUGAACAGCCUCUUCUAAAAUGGACUUGGGACGAAGCAUAUGACGAAGCAUAUGAAGAUAUGUAAUUUCGGUUAUUCUCACUACACUAAUUUGCUAAAGAUACGUAA